CGGUUUUGUCAAUUUUAUUUGCAACUGUUUGCAAGAAUCAAGAGCGUUGAAGCGAAGAACGAGGGCCACCAUUUUAUAUGAAUUUGCAGGGUUAAGGUUAUCAGAAAGGAAAUUUGGAGCUAAGCAAAGGGUUUUUUGGCCAUUGUUUGGGGGUUUCUAGGGUUAGGGUUUGGAGAAUGGAGUUUUUGGUUGAAAUUUAGGCAAGGUUUAACAACACUGAUGUCUUCGUGGUUAAUGUGCUUUGACUCAGUGGAUCUUUAUAGGUUUCUUGUGAUGAAGGUGUUUGAUUUAAAAUCUGGACUUUCUCUUUUUAGGAAAAUUUUCUGGUUUUUUCAUAUUUUUGUUGGGGAUUUCCACUGGUUAUUAGAAAUAUUUGUUAAAGGUUGGAUAUUCUUGUAUCGCAUUUGAUAGGGGAACUUUCUUUUCAAGCUUCUGUCUUGAUUAGGGGUUUAAUCAAGCUGUUUACCCUCGUAAGUUGUCAAAAUGUUUCAUUUACGAAUGAAUUUGUGCUUUAGAGUCUAUCAAAUUGUUUUUCUUUUGAUCAUUCUAUCAUUCAAUGCGGGAGAAAAUUUCUGCUUUCAAUCUUCAAAGAAUAUGUUUUAUUUAAUUUGAACAAUUGAGUUGAGUUGUGAGGGUUAGGAGGUGUAAUUAUUUUUGUGGAUGUUACUCCUUUUUUAUACUCGUUGCUUUAUUCUGAUCAUGUUAACCAUUAUAUUAUAUAAAUACAAAGUCAGCAUUUUUAAAAAGUAAUUAGGUGUAAAUUCUUAGAGUUCCUCUUGAAAAGGAAAGGAAAAAGAAAAUUUUGGUGUUCUUUUACUAAAUGAAGGAGAGCUUUUGUUUAUCGAAAACAUUCGUGGACCGCUUGAACUGCCUUCUACCUUGUAUGGUUACUUUGAUUCUCUGUUGUAACAAGUUCCUUUCUUAGAGAGUUCAGUGGACACAAAAACGAGGAGAACCCAUCUUCAUAAAAGCGUAUCAAUCAUAGUUUUUGAGCCAAUCAUCUGAUUUUGCAAAGACUUAUUGUGCAUUCGGGCGAGGAAUGGGAGAGCACUUGGUUUUGUAUGUUGAUCAUCCUAUAACACCUGCAACUUUUGAAUCGGGAGAGAGGCCCGAACGUUUGCCUGCAACUCCUGGUGAGACCAAUCAAGUGCAAGGAAGCUUGUCUUCUGGUUCGUCGACUCAAGGUAGCCCUGUUGAUGAGAAUGGUGAGGGAUCAGAGAUUCAUGAUGAAGAACAGCCAUUGUUGCAGAACGUGGAAUGUCGUAUUUGUCAGGAGGAAGAUAAUGUCAAGAACCUUGAAACUCCUUGCGCUUGCAGUGGUAGUUUGAAGUUUGCUCACAGGAAAUGUGUUCAACGAUGGUGCAAUGAGAAAGGAGAUAUAACUUGUGAGAUCUGUCAUCAGCCAUACAAGCCUGGUUACACUGCCCCACCUGCUCGAGCUAACCCUGAUGACACCACAAUUGACAUCAGUGGGGGUUGGGCGAUAUCAGGGACUCCAUUGGACCUUCAUGAUCCUCGGCUGUUGGCCAUGGCUGCUGCCGAGCGCCACUUUUUGGAAGCUGAGUAUGAUGAGUAUGCUGCAACAAAUGCAAGUGGUGCUGCAUUUUGCCGAUCUGCUGCUUUAAUUUUAAUGGCUCUUUUGCUCUUGAGACAUGCGCUGACCAUCACCAAUGCUGAUGGGGAUGAAGAUGCGUCCACGUUUUUCUCUCUCUUCUUGCUACGAGCAGCUGGGUUUUUGCUCCCAUGUUACAUCAUGGCUUGGGGUAUCAGCAUCUUACAGCGACGAAGGCAAAGACAGGAAGCGGCAGCAUUGGCAGCAACGGAGGUAGCAUUUGUGUUGCAAUCUGGGCAAGCAAGAGGCCUUCAGUUUGCAAUUGCACCUGGAGCUGCUGCUUCUCGCCAAGAACCACUCCAAUAACACCCACCUUCAAAUAAAAAGAUAGACAUCAAUUUAAAACCUGUAAGUUCUAUGUCUUCUGCAACUUCCACUUAUUCAAUGAGGACUCCCUGUUGCAAAAAAUGAGUUUUUAUUCCUGGUAUUGGAAGUAUAUGUUACUCGCCAUGCUUUCGUCAUGAAGCUGAAAAACGAAAAAAAAAAAUUGAGAAGAUUCAGGUUUUGUCCUGUUUCUUAUGUCCUCUCUUAUCAGAGAGGGUUGGAGCUGUUUUGUAUAUAUUGUGGCUACAUGGUGGAUUUACAUACUUGUUGGUGUCAUGGUCUAUGAGGAAGAAAGAAUGGGAAUGUUUGUUUGUGGUGGAAAUUGUCACUAAUAAUCACUGCUGGCUAUUGUAAAACUUUAUAAAGUAAAAAAUUACUAGGAGCAUCCAUAAUGUUUACAAUUCAACC